CUCUUCUCUAAUAAAUACUUUUUCUCUUUCUUCUGCACACCUCAGGUCCCUCCGUUCUGCCCGCGUCCCACACGCAUCUACAGCAGCAUCUCUUCCUUUGCCUGGCCUGCUCAGCACGCAUCCCACGCCAAUGGAGCCGCCCCCGUCCUCGAGUUCCGAGUCGUUGACGAGCGGGAGCACCGAAAGCGUGGACAACGACGCUCUCAGCGCACUGGGGUCGCCACCAAGAUCUGACACACCAUUGAACGAUGCGCACAACGCGCUGAGCACAGAUACAGAAAAGGGUAUCGUCGUCGAUGCUCCAUCCACCAUUGAGAUCGCCGACUCGUCCGCUUUGAUGGUUGCCAACGGCGAAGACGAUGAAGAUGGCGAGGUGGUCACGCCGUUCCACAAGAGAAAGCGCACGUCCAUCAUCAAUUACAACUUAGAUGAAGUCAAUUAUAGCAAAAUUGCCCGAGGCAGCCCCAACGUUGAGCCUCCGCUCAAGCGUUCAAAGCAGUCGCAAAAAAUUCGAGGAGUUAUCAUCGGCGUUUGGCGCGACUCUGAUCAACCCGACGACGCUGACAAGCAUGUCAUCUACGGUUUCAUUGACAUUCACGACAGGCUUCGAACCAGAAUUUAUGGCAUGAAUCGCAAAGGAGAGGAGCUUAUUGCCAAUGUCCCCACUGGAGCUGGCGGAUGCUGGGUUACUUUCGAGCGAGUGAUUUUUGACUCGCAUCUCAAGGGCCUGAGUUCUGCCGAAAUCAAGGAAUACGUUAAGAUUCGCUCAGAGACUAAGCCAGAGGCAACCGCCGAAGAGCGACAAGAAGCCGAUGGCAAAGCCGUCUUGAAAGCAAAGGCCAUUGUUGCUCAGCAAGAGGCUGCAUCGCCGGGAGGUAAACCUGUUGCUCAUCGCCAGUCUCUUGGUCGGCAAUCACUCAACGGUCGUCAUUCUCUUCCCCGCCAGGCAAUUCACAAGACACCAAGCUUUCAGGCUGUCAACGCUGUUGAUAUCCAGACUCCGAAAGCCUCCCCUUUCAGCGAUGGCAAACCACAUGGUGUUCUGUUGGGUUAUUGGGCAGAUUCGGAUGAGCCGCGUGAGGAGGACAAGCAUGCUGUUUUCGGUGUCCUAAGUGGAACUGACUGCUUCCGAGUCAAGGUCCAGCGAGUCACCCGCGAUGGACGCUAUGUUGAUGGCAACUUCCCCAUUGGCGCUGGAGCACUUUGGCUUCACUACGACAAGGUUGUCCUUGAGCCCCACUUGGCCUCCUUGACCCGACCCGAAGUCAAGGAAUACUGCCGGAUUCGUCAACGAGAUAUCGAGGCCAGAGAAUCUGAGAAGGAGCGCAAAGCCAACGAGUUGAGAGCUGUUCGUGAUGCGAAGGCUAUUGUUGCGUCAGAAGGGUUGAACAACGGUGUCGAUCAAGGCGGGCCCGGUCCGGAGAUGCUGGAGACUCGUCACAGCGCUAGAUCUGAGCCCAGAAUGUCAUCGAGAGCCCAAGUUGAGGCCGAUGCCACUGCCGAGAGGAUGAGACAGGAGAAAGCCGACGCAAGAGAGAGACAGAAUGAGAAGGCCAGAAAGGAGGUUGCCAUGGCCGAGGCUGUUAUUCAGGAGGCUGCACAGAUGGAGCUGAAGAACAACCUCAAGAAACUCAACAAGGUGUGGGUUGCCCAACAGGCUGCGACGGCCCCGAAUGCUGGUGGCCUCGGCCACGUUCAGGACCAACAAGAAGUCAAGUACUACAACGGCAUCAAAUACGAGAGAAAGCAAAACGGCCCAUUCCAAGGGAAGCUUGUCAGCCAGCCUCAGAUUUUUAGCAUUGAUGGGGAGGAUUACGUAGAAUACCGGGUGUUGACGAAGCCGUCGUUCUUCUGAGGUGGUCAAAGUAUCCGUUGACGAUAUUGCUAGAUUGGUACACCCCUCUUCCUCUUACCCAGAUUGUACUCUUGUAAGAUUUAUCGUGCUUGUUUGAUUAUUUGCUCUGGAUUCUUGUAACUGGCGCACAUUGCAUUAAUCGCUGCAGCAAAGCGCGUUUCCAAAGGACUUUGUUUACGGAUGAGAAAAGAAUGUUGCUUCUUGAUGAAGUAUGAGCAUGGCUGGCUAUUGUGCUUUAUUGCAUUAGAUUGCGUCUUAGACUAAUAGUCUGGAAGCAUUACCACCAGACUGUAGUAGUCAAUAAAGACAUCUACAAAAUAAUUCACACUUUCCGUCU